AUGGAUAAUGAAUUGGUUCUAGAUACGAACAUUAUCCCAGUAAUCACUAUCGAUGCCGGUAGCCCAAUUAUAGGGAGGCCUCCAACUAAUUCAUUAAGUUUAGAAAAUUUUAAAACAUCGUGUAAUAAAGUUGGUAGUAAAGAAAGUCGUGAAUCAGAUAAAUCAAUUUUAAGUGAAGCUUCACAUAAGGUGUUCGAAAAAAUUUCAGACUCCUGGUCAGCUUUAAGUAAAUCAAUUAGGGGUUCAUUAGAGAUUGGGGGUAAUAAUGAUGAAAAUGAAUUGGAAAGAGGAAAAUCACUCGUUGAGUACGAUAUCGACGUUAUGGCCUUGUCCCCGGGCAAUAAAUUUAUAACGACUUGGAGUUCGACGGACGGAAUCCUUGCAGUUUUUCCAAUCGAUAGUCAAAAUGGACCGAUUAAUUCAAUAUUCAGUAUCAGAACUUCGUAUAACCAGACGACCGCAUCGAAUGAUCAAUACAAAGUUUAUAUUUCAGUCUCUGAAGAUGGUCAAUAUGUUGCAAUAUCAAAUAUGAAAAUAUUGGAAGACAAUCAAAAAGAUUCGCCGAAUAUGGAUGAUGCGAUUUCAAUAGAUUCAAACUCUGUGAAUACACAAUCAUCAUUCGUGGUUUACUCAAUAAAUCAUCAUAAAGAACAAUGUAAUACAAAAUUAGGUAAUUUAGAUACAAUGGAUAUUUCAGGUCCUUUAAUAUUUGUAAAUAAUCAAAGAUUAGUUUGUUUUACUAAAAAUGAGAUGCAUUUAUAUUCUACAAAAAGUUGGAGGUUAAAUUACAGUAUUGACAUCUCGGCUUUAAUUCAUUCUUGUCCAAGAUAUUCUGAUUCUAGUAACGAAUUUUUGAUGCACAUUUAUGAUGCCUUGAUCGAAAGUUUGAAAUUUGGUUAUUUAAUUUGGGCUGAAAAUCGAUCAGGACUUUCGGUUUGGGAUACAGAUGGAAUGUUAAAACAAUGGUUUUAUGUUGAGGCAAGAAAUAUUUCAAAUUCAAGAAACUUAUUCGCCAUCUCUCCCAAUGGUAAUCUCGAACAGAAAGAUAAACCUGGGGCGUCAUCAAGUUCGCUAAGUAUAUUUCACACUCCAACGGCAUUAACGAUUUCCGAAUUCGAAGUUAAUAGGACUACUUUCCAUAUUUCGUUCUUGUCCAAAAUUGAUCAUAUAAUCGUUUGUUCGAAAGAAGGGGAAGGGGUUUGCGUGCAAUUGUGGGAUUGUUGGGCCGGAAGAUUGGUUUUCGAAGAAACAUUCCUUAACCUUAAACAUGACAAACCACUAUUGUUUCUUGGGGAUAAAUUUGUUCAAUCAGUUGGCAAUGAAUUAUGUACCUUUUCAUUAAUUCCAAAUCACCCAUCAGUUACAAUGGAAGCAUUAACUAAAACAUCAUUUCGUGGUUGCAAAUCAAGUGAGAAUGGUUUAUUAAUCACUAUAAGCUUUGAGCAAGGAUCAAAGUGUAUUAUAUGUUGGGGUCGAAUUUUUAAUAGUGAUAACGUUUUGCAGUGCGAGUUUAAAUUUGAGCCAUGGAAUUGGAAUAAUUGGUCUAAUAAAGGGAUAUUUGUUCGUUGGUUAGACCCUGAGGGAAAGAGAUUCGUCCUGGUUGGAAAUGAAAGUGUACAAAUUUACAAGACGAAACCUAAAGGACAAUAUUUAAAGUUGGAAUUACAAUAUAUAUGGGUCACCAAAUCUUGUAUAAAAUCUGUAAUUUUGGAAACGGUCCAAGACGAAAAUGAUUCAAGUAAACCACCCGAGCAUACAAUGCUUCAUGUACAAUUUACAAAUAACGAAAUGACAUCCUUACCUAUACCAAAUGAGGAUGAUAAAUUAACGCACAGGAUAGUGUCUGAUGCGUUAGCUGCGGUACAUUUUCUUCGACUAAUAUUUGCGCCUAAUAUACAGCACUUUAAUCAAUUGACAAUCAGGAAUCAAUUGAAGAAGCUUAUAGAUUCUUCGGUCAUACAAUUUCCUUCAGCUUUUAACAAAUGUUAUUGGAAUGAUACCGAAUUUUACCCCAUGGAAGACUUCAUAUUGUUUGGUUGGGAUGAUUUGGUAAAAAGUAUCCUUGAAAAUGACCGAUAUAUUCCUCUUUUUCAUGACAAAGAUCAUUCCGAAAGCGCUUUAUUAUUAUUAAUAGAGCUUCAAAAAUCAGAGUUGGUUGAACAAAUGGUUAAUUAUAUCAUUAAAAAUUUAAAGCAACGCCAUGUCGCAGUACGCAAUCGUUCGAGUUCUACGAAUCUCGAUAAAAAACUUGUUCAAAAACCUGGGUUCGCUUGGACCUUAGGAAAAUCUUUAUUGGAAUUAUAUCAGUAUUAUCCCGACAAAGGAAUUUUCGUUAUGAAAGAAUCAAGUUACUUUACAGUUUCUUUAGAGGCUCCCGCGAGAAUUUUACAAACAAAUUUAUCGUUCGGGGAAGAAAGAAGUUGGCAUAAAGAAUUAAAAGCUGUAGCACGCAUAGCUCGAUUGCCAAAAGGAAUUGGUUUUAUUAAUGAUAAAAACAAAAGAACAAUAAUUAAUAAAUGGUUUAGGCCAUCAAAUCUUAGCAAUAAAACACGUCAUUAUACAGGAGCUCUAAUUUAUUAUCCAAAAGAAACGCACUAUCCAGAUAAGAAACAAGAUAUGAACAAAGGAAUUUCUAUUCAGCUAAAGCAACGUAAACAACGUUUAAUAGACGUGAAAAAAACCCAUCCCGCAAAAUUAUGUGUUGUUCCCUUGCCAGAUUUUUGUGUCUAUCCUAGUUUGUGUGAAAAAGGUAGUUCAUCUUUAUUUGAUAUGAUGUAUCGAUUUUUCUACGUUUAUUUUGCUCCGGCACAAAGAAGUCCGUUCGCCGAGGUGGCGUUAAAUGGGCCGGCUGAGAUGUUUAGUGAAGUUGCCAUGGAAGCUAUAAUAAAAUUUAAGUGGGAAAAAUUUGCGAAACGCCUAUAUUUAUGGCAGUUCUCAUUUUAUAUAAUCUUCGGAAUUAUAUUCUGUCUGACAGUUUCAAUUGAAUCUAAAAUUGAGCCACGAAGUAGAAAUUCAAAUAGCGAAUUUACAGUCACAGCGAUUAUUUCAAUGAUGUUUUUGUUGCAAGAAAUAAGACAAAUGUCCUGUGGAUUUAAAAAUUAUUGGACAAGUUUUUUUAAUUAUGUUGAUUUGGCGAGCUAUUGUUUACCUCUUGCAACUUCUUUAAUGCUCCUAAUGAAACAAGAACCGCCAACAUGGUUGAUAAGUUUUGCGGUUUUAUGUAUAUGGCUUAAUGGGUUGUUGAAAUCAAGAGCAUUCGAGGCAACUGGGAAAUUCAUCGCAAUCGUGAUUGUAAUUGGUAAACGGAUCAAAACAUUAUUGAUGACCUUAUUCAUUAUAGUGCUUGGAUUUGCAAAUGCAUUGUACAUCCUUUUACGUGAUAAGAAUCCUGCGGAUCUUGUUCCAACAUUUAGUGGGACAGUAACAGAUAGUUCGGGAAAUUCUGCAGAGAUAAAACUGAAUCAAAUACCCGAUGAUAAUGCUAAUAUGUGGCAAAGAUUUGAUUCUUCAGUUUUAGCUACUUAUUUUUUUCUAGGUAUUGGAUGGGAUAGCGUAUUGGGUUUUGAACCAGAUUGGUCCUUGUAUGCCUUGAUGAUUUUAUUCAGUCUCGUAACUGUAAUCAUGCUUUUGAACAUUCUUAUCGGUUUAAUUACCGAGGUAUUCAGUGGUUCGCUCCAAGUAGGACGACAAGCAUGGUUACGUCAACGAGCAGAAUUAAUAGCGGAACUUGAAAUCUUAAUGCUCUCACCCUCGCAACGUCAAUAUCCGGAUUGGUUCCCUCAUUUAAUAUAUUAUGAAGCUCAUGUAGAUUCUAUAAAAAAUUGGAAAAGAAAACUAGAGUUGGAGGAAAUGGGUGAAUUGGAUGUUGAUUUUGUUAAAAGAGAAUUGAAAAGUGUUAAAGAUGAUUUAAAUAAUGAGUUAAAGGAACUAAAAGGAAUGGUCGGACAAAUUAGAAUUUUUAUAAUUGGUUCAAAAGGUGAUAACGAUUCCGGAAGCAGAUCAUUAUAA